GUAAAUAAAACACCCGAAAUACAUGUAUAAAUUUUUCGAAACUCGUUUCAUAUUUUAACGCAAUGCCCCUGCACCAAAUGAAACCUGACCCGCGUGCUAUCCAACAAUACAAGACGAGCUCCAUCAUCCUAGCAGGCCUUGGCGUGGCCGCAGUGGGCUUCGCUGGCAAGCACCUGCUGCGCCGCAUGCCGCAGAUGACAAGCAAAUUCAACGAGGCGCUCAAGAAUCUGCCUAAAUUCGAUGCUGAGAGUAUGGCCAAUGCCAAAUACUACAAAGGCGGCUUCGAUCCCAAAAUGAAUAAGCGCGAAGCGUCCCUCAUACUAGGCGUCAGUCCCAGUGCCUCCAAGCUAAAGGUUAAGGAUGCGCAUAAAAGGAUAAUGUUACUGAAUCAUCCAGAUCGCGGCGGGUCUCCCUAUUUGGCGGCAAAAAUAAACGAGGCCAAAGAUUUUCUAGACAACGCCAAGUAAAUUAAUCAGAAUAUUGUAAAUAAAAAUGUAAAUAGCUUUAAGAAA